UACAUCGGGUAAAAUUUGUUGGGCUUAAGGCGGCUUUGUGUUUAUGUCCCCGCAUAUGCCUCCAUUCUAAACGGGCAGUAUCGUGGAAGUUGAAACACUUUUGAAAACAGCUGACUGGUUCAUGACGCACUAAGCAGCAGAAUAACUCUGUUGUUUCAUUUCUUGGUAGCUUGAUUAUUUAUUUAUUUAUUAUUAUCUGAAUGGAGAGCGAAGAUGGGUUGAAGGAAGACACCCCCUUUGAGGAGAGAGAAGAAACAGAUGGGGGAGAAGAUGAUGAGGAGGAAGAAGAAGAAGACGGCGGUGAUGAUGACGGCGAGGAGGGAGAAGGUGAAGAAGGUGAAGGUGAAUUGGAGGAAGAAGAAUUUCCAGUAAGAUUUGAAGGGGAAAUAAAUCCUUUGGAUUUUGUUACUUCUGAGGUUCAAGUUUAUCAGAAGUUGGAACAGUUUGAGUAUAAUAAAGCUUUGGCUGUGAAGAAGCGCAAGGCCACUGCUGAUAUUCAAGGAGAAGGGUCUGUUAAGACGGGGAGGCCGGAGGCCAGCACUGAAUCACUCUUUCAAGAGUUACAUGAGUCUAUGGUAAAAAGUGCCAGGCGAAGAUCUAAAAAGCCUAAGAAGAGAGGGAGGCGUAAAGGAUCAAGAAAUAAGCUUAGCCCUGAAAUCACAAAGAAGAUCGGUGAUGCUAAUCUUCAUUAUGCUCAUGGCCGUUAUGAAGAUGCUAUCAGUUUGUUGACUGAAGUGGUUCUGCUGGCCCCAAAUUUACCGGAUCCAUAUCACACACUUGGUCUCGUAUAUAACUCCAUGGGUGACAAAAAGAAGUCUAUAGGUUGCUAUAUGAUUGCUGCAUUCUUGGGUCCAAAAGAAUCAUCUCUUUGGAAACUGCUUGUGUCUUGGUCCUUGGAGCAAGGUAACAUCGGGCAGGCUUGGUAUUGUCUUUCUAAGGCAAUUACUGCUGAUCCAGCUGAUAUUACACUUAGGUACCAUCGUGCUUCACUUUACAUGGAAGUAGGAGAUUAUUCAAAGGCUGCUGAAUCAUAUGAUCAGAUAGUUCAAAUUUCUUCUGAUAACAUUGAAGCACUCAAGACUGCAGCAACGUUGUACAAGCGAUCUGGCCAGAUUGAACGUUCUAUUACAAUCUUGGAGGACUACCUUAACAAGCAUCCUUCUGAAGCGGAUCUAACUGUGGUUGAUAUGUUGGCUUUAUUCUUCAUAGAAAACAAUUCGUUUACUAAAGCGCUUGAGCACAUUGAGCAUGCAAAGAAGGCCUGUGGUUUAGUGAAAGAGUUUCCUUUAUGUCUGAGAGUAAGAGAAGGCAUUUGCCAUGCUCAUCUUGGAAAUUUGGAGAAAGCAGAGAUUUGUUUCACUCUUCUGCAAAGGGAAAAUGCGGAGCAGCAGGUGGAGUAUAUAAUGGCAGUAGCCAACUCAUUUGUGAAUCUGCACAAACAUGAGUUAGCAUUGAAGUACUAUCUGAUGUUAGAAGGCUGUGUGUCAACAAAUGAACUCGUAAGUUUGAAAACUGCUCACUGCUACUUAGCUUUGAAAAAAGCUACUUCAGCUAUCCAGUUCUUCUACAAAGGAUUACAAGCAAGUGAAGAUGACAUUGAUGCUCGUUUAACUCUCGCUUCUCUUCUCCUUGAGGAAAACAGAGAAGAAGAAGCGGUUGAAUUACUUUCACCUCCACCUAAGACAGUAUUAUCAAAGGACGUGCACGCAGAUAGAUCAGAACCUUGGUGGCUUAAUGUGAAAGUGAAGUUGAAAUUAGCUCAUAUUUACAGAACUAAAGGGAUGCCUGAGGCCUUUGUUGAAGUGAUCUACCCCAUUGUCCAUGAAUCACUAGAGAUUGAUUCGAUGCAUCAGAAGGCAAAACAGAGGAAAAGACUCUCCAUGAAUGAACUAUCUGAGAGAGUUAGUAAGGUUCUUGGUGAUCAUCAACCUGAUUCUAUCUUCGGCAAUUUCAGAAAACCAGCUUCCAAAAGUGAGCUGUUGAAAGCUAGUAGGGCUAUGAAGUUGCUUAAAAAGAGGGCAACUACUAAAGAAGAGAAGAUAUCUGCUGCGAUGGCUGCCGGAGUUGAUUGGGAAAGUGAUGAUUCAGAAACUGAUGUUCCGCAACCACCACUGAAGGAGCCUCCAUUGCCCGAUCUCUUCAAGGAUGAGGAGCAUUAUAACCUCAUUUCAGAUUUAUGCAUAGCAUUGACAUCUUUAAGAAGAUAUAGUGAGGCUUUAGAACUUAUAAAGCUCACAUUGAAAAUAACUUACAAGACGCUGCCUGCUGAGAAAAAGGAGAAAUUCCAGUCCCUGGGUGCUCAAAUAGCCUUGAACAGUACUGAUCCUUCUGAUGGAUUUGACUAUGUACGCUACAUUGUUCAGCAGCGUCCACAGAGUAUUGCUGCCUGGAAUUGCUAUUACCGAUUAGUCUUAAGAUUAGAGAAUCGGCUCUCAAAGCACAAUAAGUUCCUGCAUCAUAUGCGAGUUGAACAGAAGGAUUUGGUACCACCCAUGAUUAUUUCUGGAAAUCAGUUUACAAUGAUCAGUCAACACCAAGUAGCUGCCAGGGAAUACUUGGAAGCGUAUAAACAAAUGCCAGAUUCCCCACUGACCAAUCUCUGUGUUGGGACUGCCUUGGUCAAUUUAGCCCUUGGACAUAGACUUCAAAAUAAGCAUCAGUGUGUCGCACAGGGCUUGGCUUUUCUUUACAACAAUCUGCGACUUUGCGAAAAUAGCCAGGAAGCAUUGUAUAAUAUAGCUCGUGCAUACCACCACGUAGGACUUGUAACAUUAGCAGCUACUUACUACGAGAAGGUCCUUGCAAUUCCCCAAGAGGACUGUCCUUUACCAGAACUUAUCAAAGAUCCCACAAAAGGUCUAAAAUCCGGCUAUUGUGACCUCCGUAGAGAAGCAGCUUACAAUUUGCACCUGAUCUACAAAAGAAGUGGAGCCGUUGAUCUGGCUAGGCAAAUUUUGAGGGAUUAUUGCACCCUCUGAUAUCUAUCCUAUAUACCCACUGUUUUUGCUCUUCCUUAUUUAGUUCAUGUUCAUAUAUAGAUGUCAGUGUUUUAGAUGAAAUGCCGAGAUCCAUCACACCCCGUUUUGUAGCUAUUUAAAACGAUAGUAAUGAUAAUCAGUUCAAAAAUUAUUGUUAUGGAAGUUUUGCAAUGUUCAUAGUAAUGUUUGUCCAA